AUGCUGAGGCAGAGCGAGAGGCGGCGGUCGUGGGGCUACCGGCCCUGGGGCAGCGCGGGGAGCGACGACGCGGCCCCGCCGCGCAGGAGCGUGUGCUCGCUGGGGGCGCGCUCCGGCUCCCAGGCCAGCCUCCCGCCGUGGCCCGAGGGCCCCUUCAACUACUACAUCGAGGAGGACGAUGACGACGGCGGGGAGGAGGACGAGCCGCGGGACGAGCCGGACGGGGAGGCCGACGCGCCGCCGGAGGCCGCCCCCGGGGCGCAGCCGGACGCUCCCGCCGCGCCGUCCGCGCUGAACGUGAACGUGGGCGGCCAGAGCUACCGCCUGGGCUGCGGCGAGCUGGCCUGCUACCCCAAGACGCGCCUGGGCCGCCUGGCCGCGGCCACCAGCCGCAGCCGCCAGCUCGGCCUGUGCGACGACUACGAGGAGCGCACGGACGAGUACUUCUUCGACCGCGACCCCGCCGUCUUCCAGCUGGUGUACAACUUCUACGCGACGGGCGUGCUGCUGGUGCGCGACGAGCUGUGCCCGCGCCGCUUCCUGGAGGAGCUGGGCUACUGGGGCGUGCGGCUCAAGUACACGCCGCGCUGCUGCCGCAUCUGCUUCGAGGAGCGGCGCGACGAGCUCAGCGAGCAGCUCAAGAUCCAGCGCGAGCUGCGCGCGCAGGCGCAGGCCGAGGAGGCCGACGAGCUCUUCCGCGACGUGCGCUUCUACGGGCCGCAGCGCCGCCGCCUCUGGAACCUCCUGGAGAAGCCCUUCUCGUCCGUGGCCGCCAAGGCCGUCGGGGUGGCCUCCAGCCUCUUCGUGCUCGUGUCCGUCGCGGCGCUGGCGCUCAACACGGUGGAGGAGAUGCAGCACCGGGCGGAGCAGGGCGCGGGCGGCGGCGACCCGCGGCCCAUCCUGGAGCACGUGGAGCUGCUGUGCAUCGCCUUCUUCACGCUCGAGUUCUUGCUGCGCCUCGCCUCCACGCCCGACCUGCGGCGCUUCGCGCGCAGCGCGCUCAACCUGGUGGACCUGGUGGCCAUCCUGCCGCUCUACCUGCAGCUGCUGCUCGAGUGCGUCACGGGCGAGGACCAGGCGCGCAGCAAGGGCUCGCCGCGGGAGCACGAGCUGGAGACGGUGGGCCGCGUGGGCAAGGUGGGCCAGGUGCUGCGCAUCAUGCGCCUGCUGCGCGUGCUGCGCAUCCUCAAGCUGGCGCGCCACUCCACCGGCCUGCGCGCCUUCGGCUUCACGCUGCGCCAGUGCUACCAGCAGGUGGGCUGCCUCAUGCUUUUCAUCGCCAUGGGCAUCUUCACCUUCUCGGCGGCCGUCUACUCCGUGGAGCACGACGUGCCCAACACCAACUUCACCAGCAUCCCGCACGCCUGGUGGUGGGCCGCGGUGAGCAUCUCCACUGUGGGAUAUGGAGACAUGUACCCAGAGACCAUCCUGGGCAGGUUUUUCGCCUUCCUCUGCAUUGCUUUUGGGAUUAUCCUCAAUGGGAUGCCGAUUUCCAUCCUCUACAACAAAUUCUCUGAUUAUUACAGUAAGCUCAAAGCCUAUGAGUACACCGCCAUGCGAAGGGAAAGAGGAAAAGUAGAAUUCCUGCAGAGAGCCAAAAAGAAGAUGACGGAGUGGUUGGCUCGAAGCCACCCACAACCCACCCCAAGCCAAGAGAGUUGAUGUUUCUCCUAGGAUGCGUGGCGGUAGACCCUGUGAACUUCUGUAUUCUCAGAAUUGACAACACAAGGUCACAUUUAACAAUCAUACAUGAAGGGCAUCCCGUUCAGAGUUCUGUCUCUAGAAGGGCUCGUUUUGGCCCCAGGUGGGACUAGAUCAUUUUUUUUCUUUCACCAAGUUCUAAGAACCAUGGCCACCCUCCUCUGGUGACAUUGGUCCUCAGCACUCCUAGACAGGA